GGCCGUAGCCGAAGAAAGCGAGCCGCGAGUGCGGCUCAAGCGGGUGGCUUGGCUCAAGCGCGCGCCGGGGGCUUCGCAGAUGCGGCCUUGGCUUUUUGCGCUGCUGGCGCCCGUGGGGGCGCUGGUGAGCCGCACACAGACCUCCGAAGGAGAUGGCGUCGCUGUGCUCGCGCAAGCGGAGCGCCGCAUUGUCCGUCACAACGUAGACUUGGUGGCAGAAGCUUGCCUCCAGCAAGAUCUCUGGCACCGAACGCAGCUUCAGAGCGAGCUCAAAGGCGUUUGCUUCGAGAUGUGCAAGACCGUGGGUCUCUACCCCAACUGCCCGCAGUGUGAAGGCGGCGCUGCCGCCGCCGGGCCGCCUGGCCAGCUGCCGCCGCCCACGGCCUCCGGCGACGCCUCGAGCUGGGACGCCUUGCUCUUUCACAUGGAUCAGAUGAGUCAGUGGGCGCGCGCUCAGCUGAGGCAAUGGGAGCGCAGCGCGACUUCGCAGCUGCAGCUGUCGGAGCACGGCAGCUGCGACGAGCUGGACGUGGCGCGGCGGGAAGAGCUCCAAGGAAAGCUGUCCGACCUGUGCCAAGACAUGUGUCGCGGCCAUUGCAAGUGUAAGGCGGACGGCCCGCCGAAAAGCUGGGCCCUGUUGAUGGUGCAGGUGCGCGAGCUCGCGGGCUCCUUCAGGACCUCUUUGGAGGCAAGCCGUGCCGAAGAGGCGAAGGAAGAGAAGGAGCACCUCUCGCUCUUCUGCUUCACCUGGACCCCACGACGGGACUACGACGAGUUGCUCUUGGCGGAGACCAGGAAACAGUACAAGAAGUGCGACGGCCACAUGUUCUACACGGAUCAUGCCGCGCCGGGGAAGCAGAAGGAAGCCGACUUUAUGCGGGUCAUCGUGCCCAAGCAGGGCCUGGCCCGCAAGGACGACGGCUGGCUCUACCACAGGAACAUGGUGGGCCUCAUGCCGUCCUGGAACCAUCUCCUGCACUCGGAGUUUGUGAACCAGCACGACUGGUUCAUCAACUCGGAGCUCGACCACUUCUUGAGCCCGGCCAGGGCAAAGGAGACCAUCCUGAAAUACCUGGAGGGUUUGCGCACCGGCACACCAGAGGAGCAGGCCAGCCUUGAGGGCCCAAUGAUGCUCAUGUGGGGCAACGCAUUUGUCUUCAAUCGGAAGCUUCUCUUGGCGAUGAAAUCGCACUGGGGCAGCCUCGGCCGUGUGGCCGUGAGCAACGGGCCUGGGGACCAGCCAGCAGCAGUGGGCUGCCCUAUGUUCAUGGAGGACCAGGUGGAGUGGCCUCAGAGCUGCUCCCAAGACGUGGUCUACCCCACGAUGGCCAAGGUGAUCCUCCCGAAGCUCUUCAACGUCACCGUGGGCGCCCCGGGCUCCGCGGGCUGCGGGGCGGCGCCCAAGAACGGCAAGCAGCAGGAGUUGCCGCUGGGUUGCUGGGAGUUGCAUCUGAACCCCAUCGACGGUGAGAAGGAGGAGGGCGCGCUGCAGGCCAUCAAGGAGUUGGCGCAGAUGAGCCACUUCCAGGACAAGAGACAGGCAGAGGACUAUUGCCGCAGGCACAAGCUGGCGGCCGUGCGCAACAACUGCGAUCGCUUCUGGUACGGCAGGAGAGUCCCCUUGAUCCACCACCUUCACACCGUGGCGGAGCAGAAGCUCGCGCGCCAGCUGCUGGACAAUGACCAUAGCUAGGGCCACCGCACCAAGCGCGUCAUUGGCGAACGAAGACGACA